UAAAGUAACCAGCAAAUAGCCCAGAAAAAGGUCGUAUAAAGCAAGAAGUUAUUAAAAAUUAAUUCCAAACUUGAGCAAUCAGAUAAAAUAAAUGCUGUACUUCUCCUUUACCGCUGUCUCUUAAGUUUAGUGAGAUUCCUGCAAUGAUGAUGAGUAAAGCUUGAAUCCGCAUCUUACCAUAAAUACUCGAUCAUUCCCUUAAUUAAUACUUUGACAACGAACUUUCAUUUCAAAAAAAAAACCAGAUCAUGGCUGCCUCAUUUGAAAUAACAAAAUCUAAUUCAAAUGAUACCCAUGAUCUUACCAUUAAUAUGGAUACUACAUCACCUAAACCAUCACUACCAUUACCAUCAUCAUCAACAGUAUCACCAAAUAUAAAAUUUCAUGGAAUAUUAUAUGGUGUUGUAUGUGGUAUAAUUCUAUGGAUUAUUCCCUACCCUUUAUACUUAUGUAUAGCCAUUUCAGUAACACCAUUUCUACUAUUCAGUUUUAUAAUCACCCGUUUGCUCCAAUUCUUUCAUUACAACCUCAAAUAUGUGUCAGAUGUCAAACGUUUAAUCCGCACUAUGCUUGCUUUUCUUAUGUUUAUCUUGAUGUUUGGAAUGGCAGUUAUUGUGAUUCCCGUAAUCAACACUCGGUAUAAAUACGUUCAUUAUAUGAAAGUACCCAUUUCUGAUUGGGUUACUUGUAUCGUUAUACUUUGCGGAUUUUACCUUUUUAGCACAAUCAUUUAUAUAAUUGUUAUGGUUUUGUUUAAUAAGAAAGACGAACGCCAAUUCCACCCCAAUCUGUAUGCUGUUCCUGAAGCCAUCACUGAGAUUAUUGAUUGUCUUGUUUUAUGGUGGGCUGAGUAUGAAAUUCUGAACCGUAUUCCUGCGUUGAAGGUUGAUCAAACAUUCUUCCAAAUUCCCACUUACGAAUUCAUUCAGGUAUUGCUUUUUCUAUUGAUUGGGAACAACAUCAUCAUCUUGUUUGUAUAUAUGUUAGCAAAUAUACCAACAACCAUUCUAUUUACACAACUUACCAAGUGGAAAUACGCAAAAGAGGCGCUUGAACUAUUUCUAGGAAAACUAGCGGAUAAAUAUCGUCUAAGGUAUUACCUCAAAGGACUCAGAAAAAGCAUCACCUUUGUGUUAACAAUUUUAAUGAUUUUACUUACAUGGAGGUUCUAUUUUGGGAAAUAUCUGGACCAUACUACCCUCCAAUUUGGAAUAUGGACUUUUGUGAGUAUUUUAAUAUGUGCCUUUCUUUGGCUUAUAAAAACUAUUUUAUUGUUAAGAUGGAGGGCUGAUUCUUGUUAUGAUAGAUUAAGUUCUAAAAUUUUAGACACUGGUGAGAAUUUGUACUUCCUUCUCUAUUUAGCCAAACUUCAAAAGAAUCCUGAACUUCUACCACAUAUCAAAAGUCCUAUACUCGUCAACGUGGUGGACGUGCAACGUGUGGCUAUCAACAUUUUAGCCAAUAACGUUUAUUUGCAUCAAUACAAUUUUCUCGUGGACAUCAAAAAUACCAUUCAUUAUCAUAUUGUGUGUGCUCCCCAACACAAAAGGUCUCUUAGCUUUGGAGAAAACUUGAAGCAAUUUAUGCUUGGUUCAAAUAAGGAUAAAGGAAAAAUCUAUUCCUGUUAUCAUCAACUUGUCAACGCUUUGUGCUGCUUACGUAAACAAAAUACAAAAAACAAUGAAAAAAAUUCUGAUGAUGGAGAAGAUAAUGAUGGGAGCAAGUUCAUGGAAUUGAUUAAAGAUUCAAGUGUAAAAAAUCAAGAAGUCGAUGAAGCAAAACUUAUGGCAUGGGUGGAAACGGCACAUAAUCGUUGUAAAAACCUUGCAAAUACAUUAAUUAGUGCCGAGGAAGUGACAAGUUGUUUGAACAACGUUUUAAUAGCGUUUAUUAUAAGUAUAAGUUUCAUAUUGUGGCUGCUUUUUACAAAGUUAGCAACUAUAAAAGUGAUAAUCUUGUUUUUUACGCCAUUGGUAUCUGCGGCUUUUAUUUUUGGAGAAACUUGCAAGAUCUUGUUUAAAGAUAUGGUGUUUAUAUUUCUCGCCUGUCCUUUUGCUGUUGGUGAUUUAUGUCUCAUUGAUGAUAAAUUGUUGGAAGUCAAAAUGCCUAAUGUUUGGAACACAACAUUCUCAAUCAUUGGAGAAGGAAAAGAAUUUAUUUAUCCAAAUUCGGCAUUGUCUGAGAAAGCCUUCAUUAACUACAAGACUGAUUUUGAUUGGAGUGAACGUGUCGAGUUCCUUGUUGACGAUUUAUCCAAAGAGAAAAUCCACGAAUUGACAACUACAAUUGAGAAGUAUUUGAAAGAUAAUACCAAGUUAUUUGUUGAAGAACAUAAUUUUGUGGAAGUGAAGACAAAUACAUCAGGAGAUAGUAUUAAGAUUGGUAUUGAGUUCAGGCAUAAUGAUGAGAACAUUAAAAAGAAAACAUACGAUGAAUGUUUUAAGGAAAAACGCAGGUUACGCUCUGAGUUUGUUCUUUAUGUACAAAGCUUGGGGAUUAUUCUUUUUAACAACAAAGACAAAGGGUCUAAACCUUCAGUUAAAACCCCUGCGAAUGGAAUUAAGCAAAAGUCUAGUGAUGACGAAGAAUAUAAAAGUAUGGAGGAAAAGAAUGAGUCAGAAAAUGAGAAUGGUAAUUCGCGAGAGGACAUGAUUAUAGAGGAAAAAUAUUGAGGAACAUUUUGUUGACUAUCUUUCAACUCGCAACAACUAAUACCUAUCUAUAUAUAUAUAUAUGUAUAAUGUGUGUACUUCUAUAUGACAAAAAGCAAAAGAAAUUGUAAAAUAAAAUAAAUAAAAGACAAGUGUUUUUGUAGCAAAAUCAUAUAUUGUAUCCAUAAAUAAAUUUGUAUUAAUGAUAAGUUUCUCUCAAUAAAAAUUGAGUUCUAU